AUGAGAGAAUUCAACGAAUGUUUGAAUAAUUGUGGACUCAUUCAAGCUCCAAAAUAUGGUUUGGAGUUCUCUUGGUGCAAUAACAGAGCAGGAAAAAAGAGAAUACUUUGCAAUCUAGAUAGCGCAGUUCUUAAUGAUAAAUGGCUGGAAUUAUAUCCUAGUCGGGGUUACAAAGUUGGAGUAAGAAGCAUCUCAGAUCAUGGAAUACUUUAUGGAGCAAAUGUUGAUAUUCCAAAACCUAAGAAUAUUCCUUUUAGAGCAUUAAAGGUUUGGAAAUCUCAUCCUGACUUCUUGCAGCAAAUUCAAGCUUCUUGGAAUACAAUGAUUAAAGGUAAUCCAAUCUUUAUCUUCAUGAGUAAAUUAAAAAUCUUAAAGAAAGAGAUACAGUUGUGGAAUUGGAACACCUUUGGGGAUGUUAUAAAAAAAUUGAAGCAAGCUGAGGAACAAGUAUUGCAAGCUACAUUGUUGUCUAACAAAAAUCCUGAGAAUACAGUUCUUUUGAAUAAUUUAGUUACAGCAAGAGGAAAGCAGGAGGUUCUUAUUGAGCAACAAAAAGAAAUAAACCAACAGAAAUCAAGAGUUAAGUGGUUGAAAGAAGGAGCUUCAAAUUCAAAUUUCUUUCAUAUAAACAUGAAACUAAGACAAACUCAGAAUGCAAUAGUUGAACUGGAAGAUGAAAAUGGGAAUAUAGUAGUUGAUCAACAGAAGAUUGCUGAUAUUCUUAUCAACCAUUUUGAAGAGAAAUUUAAAUUUCAAGAAGUAAGAUAUAAUCAAGAAUUUUUUCAAGACAUACCACAAUUGGUGAGUGAAGAAGAAAAUAUGUUCUUAGAUGCUAUUGCAUCUGAUGAAGAAGUGAAAAACGCAGUAUUUGAUCUUGAUCCAGAUAGUGCCCCUGGACCAGAUGGUUUUGCAGGGUGGUUUUAUAGAUAUGCUUGGAAAAUAAUGGGAAAGGACUUAACAAAAGCUAUUAAGUAUUGCUGGAGAGGUGGAUUCAUCCCACAAGGAUUUAAUAUUAUAUCCUCAAGAUUUGGAAGUUUAAUACAAAAAAUAGUAUCACCUCAACAAGGUGCAUUCAUAAAAGGUAGAAACAUACAAGAACAAAUUGUUCUUGCUUCAGAAUUGGUGAAUGAACUUGAAAUUAAAAGAAGAGGUGGAAACUUGGGCAUAAAGCUGGAUAUUUCUCAAGCUUAUGAUUCACUCAGUUGGGAGUUCUUACUUCAAGUAAUGAGGAAUUUUGGCUUUUCAGAAAAAGGAAUCACUUGGCUUCAUACCUUGCUGAAAUCUGCAAGAAUAUCAGUUCUGUUGAAUGGUGAUCCUGCGGGGUACUUUCAAGUAGGGAGGGGAAUCAGACAAGAUGACAUGUUUUUGUUAUGCAAUGGUGACAAGAGAAAUGUUAAAAAGAUAGCAGCACUGCUCAAAGAUUAUGAAGAUGCAUCAGGUCAAAUCUUUAAUCUUGCAAAAAGAGAUCCUGCAAAAAGAAAGAGUAUUACACUAAAAUGGGACAAGGUAUGUUCUCCAUUUGAAGAAGGAGGUCUUGGUCUGAGAAGAUUGGAAAUCAUGAAUAAACCACUCCUUAUGAAGCUUUGGCGGAAAAUGUUGAAUAGUAAAGAAGAAUGGGCAAGAUACUUUCAAGAAAAAUUCUUAACCAAGAAUGGUGAAUGGAUUGGGUACUAUAAAAAAUCUUAUAUACUUCCAGGAAUGAAAUGGAUUUCAGAAGAUGUAAAGAAUUUUACAAGAUGGAUAGUGGGUAAUGGUGCAAAUGUAUCAGUUUGGUAUGAUAUAUGGAUAAAAGAAAAACCAUUGUGUGAAUUAUAUCCAGAAAAUGCAUAUAUUAAUCAAUUCCCUAAUAUGAAAGUUGAAAAUUUAAUAAUUGAAGGAGAAUGGGUUAUGCCUACUGAAUUAUUGGAAAUGGUAUCAGUUAAUGAGCUACCUGUGAUCAAUAUGGUGGAAGACAAAAUAAUAUGGAGUGGCACAAUUACUGGGGAAUUCACUAUCUCUUCUGUUGUGGAAUGUAUCAGAACAAAGUAUCCUAAAGUGAGUUGGUCAUCUCAGUGGGUGAAAUUUGGAGAAAAUGCUGCAUUUAUAGCUUUCAAAGAAUUGUGGUUUCAAAGAAAUAAAAGUGUGUAUGAGGAUGAAGUAUUCAAUGAACAUAACAUAAAGACAAGAAUCUUGAAGCUUACUGCAGAUGUGAAUUACAGUCUCAUGGCCCCUAUAACUAGCGGUGCCACGAAAAGAGAUGUUGUAGAAGCAGUUAAUAUGUAUAUGUGUGAAGGAAUUGCUUCUUCAAGAAAAAGGAAGGCGAAAAACACGACUGAUGAUCCAGAUUUGAAGAAGAGAAUAAAUUCUCGAAAUUUUCGUGUUACAGUCACUAUAACUAGUGAAAUUAUAAACAAGUAA